GCAAAUAACUGUGACAAGAUAACCACUUUUUUUUGUUAAUAAUGUCAUCCCCACCUAAUUCAAUGAGUGAUCUAGAUGAUGCUGCCUCCAAUAAAAAAAGAGAACGCGCCCAAUCUGUAGAACCUGCACCAGCACAUGUCGCAGAGAUUGAAGAAAAGAGCAUUAACGUAUCCGCACCAAAGAAGACAAAACGCGACGAGACUUCUCCAGCAUCCGUAAGCACCAUACGCCAGAAUCUAAAAGACAUGACAACCUCCGACAGCACAGGGAAAAUGUUAUCCGCAUCCAGCUCAAUUGAUGGAGACGAUGAGACUAUGCGAACAAUUGCUGAAGAAGAAAAUAACGUUGAAGACGUAUCAAUGUGCCACUCAAAUGACAAGAAACGGACAGCAGUUGGAGAAGAGGAAGGCUGUGCAAGCGAAAAGAGCGAAGAAAAUGGAGGCACAUCAAAUGGGGACUUGGAGGAAAACCAGUCAUUUCCUAGAAAGAGAGUGACAAGACGUGCAUCCCAAUCUGAGGAUACACCCUCAUCUCAAACAGAUUCGGUAGGAGAGGUUCAAAAAGCUCCAUGUUCUGAGGAAGAGUCAAAGAAAGAUAAGGAUCCCGAAUAUAUGUCCAAAGUCAUGGCUCUAUUUGGUGGUAAAGGUGAUAGUGAUGACUGGGGAGAGUUUGCUGAGGAGCCCGAGAAGAAAGAACCAAAAGCACAGAUUCCUGCAGGAAAACCAAAAUAUGCUUUUGGAACGUCUUCUGGUUUUGGCUCAAAGGGCUGGGCUGCUACACAUCAGACAGCUCCAGUUUCCCAGAAGUCCUCUUUUGGAUCCAGCACCGCGUCUGCAUUCGGUGGAUUCUCUCCUCCAACUACACCUCUCUCUUCAUCGAAAGUAACGCCUUCAUUUGGCUCGUUUGCAAAGGCAUCAGCAUCCCCUUUUGCAUUGGCUGCAGCAAGUGGCAAUAGCAAUGCACUUUCAGCAUCACCUGCAUCUAACGUAUUAUCAUCUGGCAACAAAAACGACACAAACCCAGAGGAGGGUAAUGUUACAGAAGAGGAUCAGAGUGAGAGUGUGUGUGAUGCGUCUGAUGCAUUGAGCACUGGUAGCUCUGCAUUUGGCGAGUCCGGUAAACCCAAAAUUCCUAUUGCUAGACCGACAGAAGUCAAGACAGGUGAAGAAGAUGAGAGAACAGUGUACCAGACCAAGGCCAAGUUGCUUGCCUUGGAUACACAAUCAGGAAACUGGAAAGAACGUGGUUCAGGUACACUCCACAUCAACAUGAAAGAUACAAACAGAAUCGGAGCACAACAACACACACGGUUGGUUAUGCGUGCAGACUCUGUAUAUAGAGUCAUCUUGAAUCUUGCCUUGUUUCCUGGGAUGAAAGUUUUUAUCAUGCAGGAGAAGUUUGUACGCUUCGCUGGAUUUGAGACAGAAACCAAAGAAAACGGAGAAACUGAGGCCGUCUUGGUUAACUAUGCUCUUAGAGUUAGAGACCCAUCAGCAGCGCAAGAAUUAUGCGACCAAAUCACUAUGUGCAUUCCCCACGGAUCAAAAACAUCGGCCGGCCCCUAACAAAACCCCAAAAGAAUAUUCAAAUUUCACCAAAUUAUCAAAUUGCCUAUUUCUAGAGGAUCUAUGUUUGUUCUUGCACUUGGGCCAGAGCAAGGAAACCAAAUAAAGGAAAGAUGCUUGAAUGAAGAACCAAAAUAAUAAUAAUAAUAAUCCACAAUCGAUAAUUUGUCUUUGUCU